AUGGCAAAGCACAACUAUGGGCGUCUUGCUGCAGUGGUUCUGUCUGUUGUUGGCUAUGGAAUAAGUCUGGUGUUCAAUGGGCUGUCCGUGGUUGGAAUUGGUCCCUAUCAAACCACCACAGCCAAUGUGUCUGCUGUGUUUGACACACAGCUCACACCUUCAGGAUGGACCUUUAACAUCUGGAGUGUCAUCUACAUCUGGCUGACAGCAAUAGUCGUUUACACUCUUGCUGGUCUUUGCAGAAAGACUGCGUAUGGAUAUGUUUACUGCAGCCCUCCAGUGUUGCCGUAUGGAUUCUUCAUUAGCUGGUGUCUGAAUCUGUGUUUUAAUAUUGGCUGGCUUAUUGUUUGGGACAGAGGAAUGAUGAUUGCUGCACUGGUUUUUCUCAUCCUUGUCAUCUGCACAAAUUACUCCAUGAUAUGCUUCAUCUGCCAUGGACUUCAUACUUAUGGGGCUUGGCUCAAAAAAUACCACAAAAUAGACCUGUGGCUCUUUCGUGUACUGGUUCAAAAUGGCGUGAUGAUCUACACAACAUGGACAACCAUAGCAACUCUCAUCAACCUGACCAUUGUGCUGAGUUAUGAAUCUACGAUGUCCCCAACAGAUGCUGCCACCCUCUCGUACUCUCUUUUGACCGUGUUGUUGCUUGUGUGGUUUGUUUUGGAAAACUUUGUCCUCGACAAGCAUGUGCGGUACAUCUGCAUCACCUAUCUUGUCGUGAUCUGGGCACUGUCUGGAAACCUGGAUAAAAAUUUUAAUGCUAACUCACCCAGUCGCAAUGGCAUCUUUAUCGCUGUACUGCUGGCUGUUGCCUGUGUGCUGUUUGUCAUCAGGAUCAUUUUGGUGGUUUGGAGACACAUCAAACAGCCGCUUUAUGAAGACAUCAGUCCUGAAGCCAUGGAAGUGAUAGAGAUUGCUGAGAAGCAGAAAAAGAUUUUUCGCUAA